UUUAGUGCAACUGAAAGCUAUAAAUAACCAUUAGGGCCCAAGCAAGUGGCCUUAACCCAUGGAUUUUCUUCCAAAAAAUGCAGACAGAUUUUAAUUAAGUUUGCAAUUAACCUUUGGGGAGGGCAGGUCCCCUGGAUUCCAUUUGCUUCUGGAGACACUAACAAGAUGGGAGUCAUGGCUGUGCUGAUGCUGCCCCUGCUGCUCCUGGGAAUCAGCGGCCUCCUCUUCAUUUAUCAAGAGGUGUCCAGGCUGUGGUCAAAGUCAGCUGUGCCGAACAAAGUGGUGGUGAUCACUGAUGCCAUCUCAGGACUGGGCAAGGAGUGUGCUCGGGUGUUCCACACGGGUGGGGCAAGGCUGGUGCUAUGUGGAAAGAACUGGGAGAGACUAGAGAACCUCUAUGAUGCCUUGAUCAGCGUGGCUGACCCCAGCAAGCAGACGUUCACCCCAAAGCUGGUCCUGUUGGACCUCUCGGACAUCAGCUGUGUCCCAGAUGUGGCAAAAGAAGUCCUGGAUUGCUAUGGCUGUGUGGACAUCCUUAUCAACAAUGCCAGUGUGAAGGUGAAGGGGCCUGCCCAUAAGAUUUCUCUGGAGCUAGACAAAAAGAUCAUGGAUGCCAAUUACUUUGGACCCAUCACCUUGACAAAAGCCCUGCUUCCCAACAUGAUCUCCCGGAGAACAGGCCAAAUUGUGCUAGUGAAUAACAUCCAGGGGAAGUUUGGGAUCCCAUUCCGUACAGCAUAUGCUGCCUCCAAGCACGCAGCCCUGGGCUUCUUUGACUGCCUCCGAGCGGAAGUGGAGGAAUAUGACGUCGUCAUCAGCACCGUGAGCCCGACUUUCAUCCGGUCAUACCAUGUUUAUCCAGAGCAAGGAAACUGGGAAGCCUCCAUUUGGAAAUUCUUUUUCAGGAAGCUGACCUAUGGCGUGCACCCCGUGGAGGUGGCGGAGGAGGUGAUGCGCACCGUGCGGAGAAAGAAGCAGGAGGUGUUCAUGGCCAACCCCAUUCCCAAGGCCGCUGUGUACGUCCGCACCUUCUUCCCCGAGUUCUUUUUCGCCGUGGUGGCCUGUGGGGUGAAGGAGAAGCUCAAUGUCCCGGAGGAGGGGUAACUGCAGGAGGCCAAAUGGGUCACGCCUUGGAAAUAAAGGUUUCUGGCAGGUG